AUGCUGUUAGGUGUUAGGGUGGGCUUUGUCACAAUGUACAGCAUGAUCUCCACGAUCGAUAGCAGGAUAAGUGUUAGGGUGGGCUUUGUCACAAUGUACAGCAUGAUCUCCACGAUCGAUAGCAGGAUAAGUUAUGUAUCUUGUGGCCUCAACCUUGGUUGCAGCAAGGGCCAAGAACACUACGAGAGCAAGAGAUAAGAUAACCUUGAUACUUUUAGACAUCCCCAUAUUAUUAUUGUUCUUUAUCCGCAAUAACUAAAUAAUAAAUUUAUAAAAUGAACCCUGAUUAGGAGUUCACUUUGUGUUAUUUAUAUAUCUAAUAUUGUAUCGG